AUGGCCGAGGCACUCAAACUGGAAGUCAAAGAGAAUGCUCAUCGUCGUCGCAGCGCACCGUUUCUGAGUAGUAGCGAACGCGUGUCGCCCGCAACUGCCAUCAAUGGAGACUGCGUCAUGCUGCCACCCCAGACACCAAGGGCUUCAGCGUCUCCAACGUGCAACUUGCUAGUUGGUAGCGCAGGAACGACUCCUCAUUCGUUGGCGAGGUUGCGCCAGAGGGGCCCAGAUUGCACGCUCGCGGGCAAGGAGACACGAGAGCGUUUGGCGAUCGGACGUUCGGAUGCGAUCCUCGUCAUGUUCUACCUCGAGAAUCUGUUCCCGUUCUUGUUCCCUUUCUACCGCCCGUCGCUGCUGCAGGGUGGUCGGACAUGGAUCCUGGAGAUGAUGAUCAGCAGUCCGGUCGUGAAGCAGGCACUUUUAUGCCAGAGCUCUUAUUUCCUGUCGCUGGCACAAGGGGCAGCGAAUUGGGAGAAGGUUCUCGAGCAGACAAGAGAUGCGUUCGAGGUACUGAGAUUAUCACUUCAGGUGAUUAGUGACGCAGGCGUGAUGGAGCAUUUGCACGGUACGGUACGCAUCCUAGCCAGCAUUAUGCAAGUGCAAAGGUUUGAAGUAGCCGUUCUGAGCUUCAACAACUGCCAGGCACACUUGAACGCCGCACUAGCACUCUUCAUGCAGCUUCUCGAGAGCGUCGACGCCAUGACACCAGUAUGUCCCAGCUCAAGCUUCAAUGCAGUCUUGGAUCGUCUAAACCCCACCACACUGAUCGAUCCAGCCGAGAUAUUUCAAGCCCCCAUCGCAGAACAAGCAGCAUUUCGCUUCUCUUCUGCCCUCCUUAUCCUGGACGACAUCAUCGCGGCCACCAUUCUUCAACAACAGCCUCGCCUAUACAGCUAUCAUCGGAGCCUGCUCUAUACACCCAGUAGCUCCGAAGCCGUCAUCAACCUCGAGGAAACAGUAGGGUGUCAGAAUUGGGCACUCCUCUAUGUCGGCGAGAUAGCCACCCUCGAUGCAUGGAAGCAACAAUCCCAUCGCGCAGGAAGCCUCGACGUUAUGGAGCUGGUCCGGCGCGCCACAGCCAUAAAGGCUUCUGUUGAAGAAUAUAUUUUGCAGCUUGAUAAUGACCCCAUGAGCCCUUCCAAUGAAGGGUCGAGCUUGCUAGAGAUGUUCGCUUCGGACUUUGGACAUCAACGGAGAACACCAACGCGCCAAACUAUCCUCGCGACCCGUGUCUGGGCACACGCAGCACUCUUGUAUUUGUUUGUCGUUGUGUCGGGAUGGCAGCCGGCGAGCUUGGACGUCCGAUAUCACGUUGGAAAGAUCAUCGAGCUACUGACGCAGCAGAUUGUGCCGCCAGCGUUGCUGCGCUCCAUGGUAUGGCCGUUCUGCGUGGCGGGCUGUCUGGCGGCGCCGGAGCAGGAAGCGCAAUUGCGGGAAAUGGUUCAAGCACUACAACCUCCAAGCGUGUUCGGUACGGUUCGUAAAGCAUUGGAAGUUAUGGAAAGUGUGUGGUCAAAAAGGCGCGCAGGCGAUACGGAAAUCAGGGAUCUGGCGACGUGUUUCAGGAGUCAAGGAGACUUGGUGUUGUUAGUCUAG